ACAUUUUUCAAUACUCAAUUUUUAAACGUUUCAGGGUUGAAAAAUCGUUUUUGGAAAGUGCAAAGCAGAUUUUGUGGAAAGCUAAAAUAAUUUGUAACGGAAAUGGAUCUGAAAUAGUGCUGGAAAUUCUGAUUUUAGAAUUCAGAUUAUGUGGUAAGGAGCAAAAAUAUUGGUAAUGUGUUGAUAUACCUUCUUGAAUUGCAUUUGUUUACCAAGAAUUUCCAAAAAUAAAAUAAAUGGAAGGAAUUUUAUGGCUGAAUAUUCCAGAAAGUACCAUAUACUAGCAGUCACCGCGGAUGCUUACUACAAAGUUAUCCACCACUUGCCGCCUCACGGCCUUUUCGCAGCUCAGCGGAUCACUGACAGGAUGUCCAACCAAGAAGUUGACAGUGGUGAGAAGGAAUGGGGACAGAACAGCAAUGUUCCCCAGGAGGACACGUCGGCCGCCGGCGGUGGCCACACGAUCGAGUCCAACUGGGACGAGGUGGUCAGCAACUUCGAUGACAUGAACCUCAAGGAGGACCUGCUGCGCGGUAUCUACGGAUACGGCUUUGAGCGGCCGUCUGCUAUCCAGCAGCGUGCCAUCAUGCCCUGCAUCAAGCGGCACGACGUGAUUGCCCAGGCGCAGUCGGGCACCGGCAAGACGGCCACGUUCAGCGUGGCGAUCCUGCAGCAGAUCGACACCAGCAUGCGGGAGACCCAGGCGCUCGUGCUGGCGCCCACCCGCGAGCUGGCUCAGCAGAUCCAGAAGGUGGUCCUGGCGCUGGGCGACUAUCUUAACGCCAUCUGCCACGCCUGUAUCGGCGGCACCAACGUGCGCGACGACAUGCGCUCGCUGGAGUCGGGCGCGCACGUGGUGGUGGGCACGCCCGGCCGCGUCAUGGACAUGAUCAACCGGCGCGCGCUGCGCACCGACUACAUCAAGAUGUUCGUGCUGGACGAAGCCGACGAGAUGCUGUCUCGCGGUUUCAAGGACCAGAUCUACGACGUGUUCCGCACGCUGCCGUCUGACAUCCAGGUGACGCUGCUGUCGGCCACCAUGCCGGCCGACGUGAUGGACGUGACGUCGCGCUUCAUGCGUGACCCCAUCCGCAUCCUGGUCAAGAAGGACGAGCUGACCCUCGAGGGUAUCAAGCAGUUCUUCGUGCGCGUGGAGAAGGAGGAGUGGAAGCUGGACACGCUGUGCGAUUUGUACGAGACGCUGACCAUCACGCAGGCCGUCAUCUUCUGCAACCUGCGUCGCAAGGUCGAGUGGCUGACCGACAUGAUGCACCGCCGCGACUUCACCGUCUCGGCCAUGCACGGCGACAUGGACCAGAAGCAGCGUGAGAUGAUCAUGAAGGAGUUCCGCUCGGGCUCGUCCCGUGUGCUCAUCACCACCGACCUGCUGGCGCGUGGUAUUGACGUCCAGCAGGUGUCGCUGGUCAUCAACUACGAUCUGCCCACCAACCGCGAGAACUACAUCCAUAGGAUCGGACGCAGUGGACGGUUCGGCCGCAAGGGAGUGGCCAUCAACUUCGUGACGGAGAGUGACAGCCGCGCGCUGAAGGACAUAGAGGAGUUUUAUCAUACGGAGAUCGAGGAGAUGCCCAACAACGUGGCCGACCUGAUUUAGGUGGUGCGGCCGCCCGUCCGUCCGUCCUGUCUCGCUGCCCACGGUGAUCGAGUCUCGGGUGCCCCCGACACGCUGCGCCUGACGGAGGAGUGAAUAAAGCCUGAGUCUCGCCAUUGGGAAGUGAUGAUCGGUUGAGUUGACGGCGCUAUCGCGCGGCACGCACGGGUGGUGCGGCAUCGCGGCUGCGGCCGCCGCCGCACGUUGGUCCCUGCGGAGUGCGCGCUCCCGGUGGCCGGUUCGCUCAGCGCAGCUAGCAUGUGCUGACGGCCGGCGUGCCGCUGAACUGAGGGCUUGUGAACUGAUCACCGCCUCGUGUGAUCUCGUCCGAUCACGAACUGACACAGUGGUGCAUCAUCUAGCAAGUGAACUGAGGCCUGCGGGCCUGUGUGAGCCGGGCUCUGCCCGCCCUGCACUCCUCCCCGCACGACCUUAUUUAUAACUUUUUCGAUUUUAUUGUAGAUAAGUAUCAUAGACUAGCAAUUGUACGGCGAUAGGAGGGCGCCUGCGCUCUCGAAGGGGUUUCGCAUCUGCUCGUGCGCACAUGGUGUCGUGUCCUGUCAUGUAUUUCCGUGUUUCCCUUUUGUUGAAUGUGUUGGCGGCCUUGGGCUGCAUGAAUCUGAGACCAGAGUCGGGGCUGGCGGCGCCAGUCCCGCGUCCCGCCACGCUGGGACGUCAGUGCCGGUCGUGGUAUCCCACUAUACUCAUGUUUAGAGGGUACUUCAUCAGGAAAAGGGAAAGAAGGAAAUGAUUUGGACUCUAGGCAUGCUUAUUCAAAUUGUGUGGGGGAUGCUUAUUAAAAGCAUUGUAUUACCGCUUUGUUCGGGUCAGAAGGCGCAUUAACUUCCUUAUUUGUUUGUCAGUAUCCGGAUAAUAUAUAAGGCUGGCUAA